UAAAUGAGGAGCAGCAUUUUGUGUGUAAGCUACUUCAUAUGCUGGUAGCAGUACUGCUGACCAAUUUAUUAGGUCUGUGUGCGGGCCAGACAUUAUUGAUUUUAUGACAGAGGCUGGGGGCCGGAUGAAAUUUGACCACGGGCCGCAUUUGGCCCCCGGGCCGCACUUUGGACAUGUCUGGCCUAAGCAGCCUGAUUUAGAAUUCCCUUCAAGAAUGAUGGGAAACAAAAAAACACUAAUUGUCAACUUAUUAUUAUAAAUAUUCUUUUAAGUUAAUUUUAUUGCUGACACUGCGUUUUGGGGUCAUCAGCAUGUUGUGCACCCCUGCCCCAAAAGUCAAACUCCGCCUAUGCUUAUAUGGUGGGGAAAAAAGUGUUUAAGACGGACAAAACAUGAGCGCUGAGGGCUUCUUCACCUAAAACGUUUUAAAAACAACGUUUCCCAUCGUACCCUUCGCCAGUGUACGUCACUCAUUCUUCCUGACACGCCGGGUGGCAUUCGCAACAGAUAUGGUCUAUGUACGCACGAAAUCAACUGUUUGAGUGGCAUUCGCAAGUCGCGUUGCGUUGAGCAUGGCUGACGAGGACGACUCGUCAACGGACCCCGCCGCUGGUCCUCCACCAUGGAGCCCUCCAUCGGAGCGGCCUCACUCCGUGUCGUUCACCGACAGCGUUCAGCCGGCCGUUGGAAUGGUUAGCCAGUUGCUAAGCCAGCCGUCAUCGCUCAAGUUCGAUAAAAACAUCAAACAGGCCUUUUACAACACCGGGGCGAUGAUCUUCGUGGCUAUCUGCUGCGGGGCGGCGGUGCUGGUCUACUUUAUCCUGGAGGCCUUCCUCCGGCCGUUGCUCUGGGCCGUGUUGUGCGGCACCUUUCUUCACCCCUUCAAGCACUCCCUCGCCCGGCUAGGACGCUCUUGGCUUAGCGGCCUUCAGGACACCGGUACGCCCAUAGUGGUGGGCACUCUGCUGGUGCCGGUGUGGUGCAUUAACCACGCGGUGGACUUCAUGGGCCGGCAAGUGAUGGACAAACUUCCGCUGCUGUUGGCCAUCGGAGCCGGGGCGCCGUUGUUAUACGUCCUAUACGUGUCGUGGAGUGUCGUCGGCAUGCAGGUGCUUUUUGGCCACCUGUGGUGGAUGAUCGCGGCGGCGUUGGACUGUUUCCACGUGGUGUGGGUUUGCACCGUGGUCAUUGGCUACUUGCUGGCAGUAUGUUUUAAGUGGAGUCUUUACACUGAAGGCUAUCUAAGGUCCGCAGCCUUGCCCGUCUGGAUGACUCUACUUUUUUACAUUGUGUCUUUGACGGGCUCGUGGCGGGUUCCCUUAUUUGUGGUGGUGUUGCUGCUACUGAUCGUGGGUUCCCAAGAGAAGCCUCCAGUCCCUGGUAGAGGAGAGCUGACUGGGCAGGUGUUGUCAAUUGCUGCUAACACUAUUUACAUGGCCAUCUCCUGUGGCAGCCCGCAGUCCAAAACUGAGCCCAGUGAAGCAUGUACUACAGACUCAACGGACAACUUCCCUGGCACAUCGGGGUUCCGCCAGAACUCAAGAGGAGUCCCGUCUGGUCUCUUCCAGAAGACGUCCUCCCACAAGGCCAGUGACAUUUACUUCAUCCUGCUGGCGUGGGCAAUCGUCCUUGUCCAGAUCUGGUUCAACUUGUGGGUCCUACAACUCCUGCCCAUCCCAGUGGCCGUGUGGGUGAUGAAGAAGCUGGUGGUCCAUUUUGGCUUGAAGAGCUUUGCGGCAAGGACUCUGAGCUCAUGGUGGGUCGUGCUGGAGAAGUUUGGGCGGGAACGAGAAGAGGCUCUGCUGCCUGGUCCAAUCAAAGGAUUGGCUCAGUUCCUGCUGCGUAUUGACACAAAGCUGUGGCAUUGGCUUAACAAGCAGAUGGUGGUGUGGUUGGAGCGCUCGCUGGAUAAAAUUAUCAGCAUCUUUAUCAUCAUCCUUCUGGUCACUGGGACCCUUCUCAUGGGGCUGUUGCUCACAGCGAUGGUACACCACGAAAGCGCUCACAUCAUUGACGUCACAAGUAAUCUUAUCAAUGAGACAGUCUCCAACCAUCCAGAAUGGGCAAACUUGCUCCCAGAAACUCGUGUGGUCCAGAAAGCUUUGAAUUCAGCCGCCACCAACGUCUACGAGCACGGGAGAGAAUGGAUAACUCAAAAACUUCACAAGAUUUUAGGAGACAAGGUGAACCAUACAGAUGUGAUUGAGAAGCAGGUGCUAGAGCUUUGGGAUCGACUUUACCACUCGUGGUUUGUCAAGAACGUUACCCACUCGGGGCGCCCCCGCAGUCACAAGUUGAAUAUUCAGAGAGGAAACAGCUGGUUGGUGGACAUGCUGGACUGGAAGGAUAUUGCCUCCUUUCUGCAGGAGAAUAUUGAAACUCUGUGGUCUAUCUUGGAGUCUCUCUGGGUGGUGAUGAGCAGGAACGUUGGCCUCCUUAUCUCUACGACCACUACACUUCUCACUGUGUUGUUCCAUAGUGGCACAGCUCUGCUCAACUUUGUCCUCAGCGUGGUGAUCUUCUUGACCACCCUGUUCUACCUGCUGAGCUCAAGUGGAGAGUACUACAAGCCUGUCAAAUGGGUCAUCAGCCUGACUCCUCUCUCACAACCAGGACAGUCUUCCAACAUCAUUGGGCAAUCUGUGGAGGAGGCUAUCAGAGGCGUGUUUGAUGCCUCUCUCAAGAUGGCGGGCUUCUACGGCCUGUACACUUGGCUCACUCACACCAUCUUUGGCAUCAACGUGGUCUUUAUUCCGUCAGCUUUGGCUGCCAUCUUGGGCGCCGUUCCCUUCCUGGGCACAUAUUGGGCUGCCGUGCCCGCCGUGUGCGACUUGUGGCUGGCACAGGGUGAAGGCGUCAAGGCCGUGCUACUGCUCGUCUGCCACCUGUUGCCGACCUACUUUGUGGACACCGCCAUCUAUUCGGACAUCUCUGGUGGGGGUCACCCUUACCUGACAGGCUUGGCAGUGGCGGGUGGCGCUUACUAUCUGGGUCUGGAAGGCGCCAUAAUCGGACCCAUCCUGCUGUGCAUCCUGGUGGUGGCGGCCAACAUCUACAGUGCCAUGCUGAUGAGCCCUAACUCCACGACCCCCACGCCCAUCCAGGCGGGCUGGCCGCAACCCGGCAACAGGCUUUUCUCUGAGGUGACGCCUUCCAUCCUGAAGAAGAGCAGUGAGUAACAGUCCACUGGCGGGACAUUGGCCGGCUCCUCCGCUUCUCCCUGAGCGGUUCAACUCUACACUCCCAGCGAGAUGGCGCCUCAAGCAAGCCCGCACACCCACGAUGCUUUGCUGCGGCUUCGCUCCGGGCAAAACGGCGCCUGUUGCUGCUCUCCAGUCGCAAAGUUGAUACAAAGUUGUCUCGUUGGAAAAAUAAUUGAUUACCGGGUGAGAUGAUUUUUGAAACGCACAUGAAACUCACACUAAUGCACAACUUAAUCCAAAAGUGUCCAAUUUGGAUGAUAUGUCACUUACUGAAUGUGUAAGGUUUCAAAAGACCACAUUGGGUUCCAAAGUUUUUUACCACUAUCCACCUUAGAAAACAACAAAAAUCAGUUUUUCUUUGUUUCACAUGGAAAUAUGUUAUUGAACAGCAAUGCUGCACUGAUUGUUUGCUGCGACAAUAUUGGCUACAAACUUUGAAAGAGAAAGAGUAGACACUUUUUUGACCAAAAAAAAGGUCUCUCGUGCUUUACAUUCUUUAGUUUAGAACUGGGGUGUCCAAACUUUUUUCUCCGGGGGCCCCUUUCAGAAAAAAAUCAUUGGAUGCAAGGGCCAGCUUGAAAUCCUUUGUUAAUAAAAUUAUCAAAGUCUGGUAAAAAUAAAAAAACUAUUAAGUCAUUGGCUGCUAUUGACGGUAAUAGACGUCCAAUCAAAUUUGACUGGGAGGCUGGCGGCGUUCGUUCAAUGAUGAACACCUUGCCAUUUGAAAUGGAUUUAAUAUUGAUAACUGUCAAUGGCAAUGAGUGAUUUAAGUUCACAAAAUGAUCCAGAGGAUAUAAUGCAACAGAAUUUAGACUGAUUUUCAGGUUCUUGUGCGGGCCAGUAUAAACAGGGCAGCGGGCUGUAGUUAGGACACCCCUGGUUUAGAACAUGGAUUAAUUCAUCCGAAAUGUUGGUUUUUGACCAAAAAGCGAAGAAAAGCAUGUCAAUGAGAACAAAGACACCAAUAUUUUAUGCUCUUGUCAUACCUUAAAGGUUGACAGAACAAAAGAAAGACUGAGAAAGGGCUUCUGGUAUCAAAACUAUUUGCACAAGCCAACUGUGGAAAGCGUUGCAAGUGAUGCUGACUCAGGUCCUAGUUGACUAUCAGUGGCUUUAAAACAUUUUGUUCAUCAUUCACUCCAUGUAGUGAGUCAUCAUUUCUCACAAUUGACACACACUUACUAGAACAGGUAGUCCAGAGGUUACGACGUACCCGACUUGCAUGAUUCUGACUUUACGACGCCGGAGUGAAUAGGGCAACACAUCAGACGUGGACGGUGCAAGAUGAAGCCCCUUCACCACCUUUCUGACAAUACCGUCGAUCAGGGCCAAUUUGGUGACUGGUACCUCCCCUAGGUCUGCCUGAUAAAUAAGCCUAGGGAUAGAAAAUUAGUUCAAAACCCUCAUGCAUUGUGAGGGAUUUAGAGGGGCCACUGUGAUCCCCUGAGCCACCGGUCCACCAGGGGGAUCACAUCUGGUGUUGCAAUGCCUUGCCCCGGGCUUGCCUGGAUGCUUAAAUAACGGUUUCCCCCGGAGGUAUCGUGUAUGAUUUCUCCUCACAGCCUCCUUAAUAUGCAGUCGUUAACUAUGCCCCUGUCCAUGUAGAACCCAUGACACUUCCUGGGCUGCACACCUGAGCCAGUCAGCUGGCGGAAAUACUCCAGGAUCCCUAGGCUACUCCCCAUCCUCCGAUGGCCCCAUCUCAGUCCAGAGCCUGCCUUCUCAAUUGAAUGGAUAAGCGGGUCCGUUGCCAGGUUGAAGAGCUGGGGCAACAUCGGCUCCUCCUGCUUCACUCCAACCUUCAUCCUUAUGAGCUGUGUUACGACAACCCCAUAGCCCACCCUUUUCGACAAAUCCAGAUAUGUUUCGAAUCAACUCAAUAACAUGUCUGUCAACACCCCAUUCUUCUAAGGUACACGGGAUAUGCUCAUGGGAGAGAGUCAAAUGCCUUCCUGAAGUCCACAAACACCACUGCCAGUGGUUCCCCCUUCUUCCUUGAGCACCUAAUAAUUCUUUGCAGUGUCAUCAGGUUCUCUGCGCACCCACUCGAGGAGGCGAGGAAACCACGCUGCCGAGGGUUAAUCGGACAGGCCCGAGUCAACCUUAUCAUCAUUAUCCGCCCAAACAGCCUCAGAACCACCAAUUGUCACUGGGCGCCAUCCAGACACUGUGCCCGGCUCGGAUUGAUGUAUUUGGGUAACGGCUUAGUUUGGCACUCCUUGAAGACACAGGGACUGACUCCGCGUGCCAGCCAUGCUGUGAAAAGCCUUGCCAGUUGCUUGCCCUGAGGAUCCCAGUUGAACAAAGCCUGUUUGGUACUCCUGUCUGGUCCGGAGGCUGUGCCAUUUGCCAUUCGGGUCAAGUUUUUCCUUUCUUCUUCCACCAGGAUAGGGGUGUAAAACUCCUGUGCACUUCCUUUCUGUAACGCAUCUCGGAUCCUGGUCUCCACCAGGUCCGGUAGCAGGACCGGGUCAGCCAACGGCUCUGAGAGCUAAACUGUCUCUGACACUGCCGCUUCUAGGCUGUCGCCUGCCGUGUCGACUUGCAGUAACCUCCUUUUGCUCCUCACCUGCUCUGCCGUUUUGCCACUUCCCAGCUCAUCAGCUGUGAGCUGAUUGGUGGCCUUAUUGUUACCCCUGUACACCGCUAGGAGCCGGAUAAGCUUUUCGACUUUUUCGCACUCCAGAGCUUCUUGGAUUUGGCCUCGUUCCAGGCUCCUGAGUGGGCGUGCCGCCUGGUCUGGGAGACACCAAUCACGGACUUGAAUCACGCGAACUCUGGAAUGUCACUACUUUCGUGGAAGGACCACAGUGAUGUUGCGUUCCACCUGAGGGUCAGAGGGGUCAGACUCUGGAGAUGCUUUCAAGGUCGAUUCAGCUCCUGUGGUGAGGGCUAUAGCGGGCUUUGGUUCCAGCACGAUCUCUUCCCGCUGUACUCUCAUUACCAAGCCGUCAUUGAUUCGGACGCCACCGAGGGCACUCCGAGAGGAGGACUAGUCGAGGUCCACCCGCUCCCCCGGCUCUGUCUUCUUCACGGACCUGCAUCUCCAUCGAUAACUGACUUCCCACGGGAGUCUUCCCAUCGGUCAGUUGCUGUUGCCACUGACCUGGACGGGACCUUAUCACACACUAGCAGUGGGCGGUUCCAUCUACCACUGGGCAGGUCGCUUCGCCAAUGCCAAGUGUGCCCAACUGUAGCACACAGGCGCGGAAGCUUUGCCCACACACACACAGGGUCCCUCCCCUAACCCAUGUGGUGCCGCUUCUGAUGAACCAGAACGCCAAUCCUGGCCACGUCUCUUCUUGGACUUUUUCAUUAUUGUUUGUGAUCGCAAUCCCUCUCUCCCACCUCAGGGCAUGCUGCUUUGCUCGUCAACACCCGCCGCGUACCUUCGCGAUGCUUUGUUUAAAUUAAGCAGUUGGAUUCCCCCCGGUCCGCACCAGUUUUAAGACAGCUGCUAGGCGCCGGCUGAGGCAGGCGGGUGGCGCCCGGCCUGGGUUUCCGGGGCGGUCAUCAGGUCGCGGGGUCCAGCCAGGGGUGCGGAAGUGUCGGCCGGGCUGCGGUAGUACGAGAGGAUACGCAAGUACAGGCAUUUGGUCUAGGUGCUUGGCUGAGGAGCCAAUGGUGCGAGGCUACCAUCUGUGGGAUUUUGACUGAAUGCAUCUCAGUCAGAAUCCCACCUAGCCACAAUGACACAGGGGUGCGAUCCCCCCUAAGCUCUCCCUUUCCCGGCGCCCGACGUGCCUCACGUGGCCAUUUGGGUUAAGUCACCAGCAUAGGAACAGAAGUCGUUUGUAACCCAGGGACUACCUAUAACUAUAACGAUGUAUCUAUACUGAAAAUUCUCCCAACUAAUUAAUGUGAAAAUACGCGUUGGCCAUAUAAUAGUCAUGCAACACCACCAUCUAUAGCAGGGGUAUCCAACGUUGGUUCUCGAGAGCCCCUAUCCAGCUUGUUUUCCAUGUCUCCCUCUUCCAGCACACCUCAAAUAAUCAGGAUCGUUAUCAGGCUCGUGCAGAGCUUACUGAUGAAGUGAUCAUUUGAUUUAGGUGUUUUAAAGGAGGGAGACAUGGAAAACAAGCUGGAUAGGGGCCCUCGAGGACCGGAGUUGGCUACCCCUGAUCUAUAGGGGAUAUGUUAGUCAUAACAGUGAAGAACAAACCUAAAUUGAACAAAAUAGGUGAAACCCUUUUCCCAUGCCAACAUGUUGAAAAACAUCUUUGAUAAAAGACAGUACGUUACCCAUGGUGGCAAAAGCACUUGCCAUGUGCAAUCUUAGUGCCAAAGAACUAUGUUGAAAUUAUCCUAUUAGUCUGAUAGGAAGGGAGUGCUUUGUCCCUGUCUGUAGAAAAUGUUACUUUGUUUUAAGAGCAAUUUUUUUUGUAGGGCUUUAAACCAUUUUGUUUUAUCAUUCGUUCUGCACAAACCUGAAGCAUUUGCACGUUUUUAGUUGAUUCCUAACACAAAAAAAAACCUAACUUGUGUGCAAUCACAGUUAAUGCAGAUUUUGCACAAAUACACACUGCUGCUCUCCACAAAUAGUCAUUAUUUAGUUUUUAUUAAAGAAGCAGGAAGGAACUUGUUUGCAUCGGGGCUUCCUCUACAGUCGGGAAAUCCUUUGAUGACAAGUCAAGUUUACAAACUUGUUUUCAUCACCGAGAACUCAACUGAGCAAACUGUUUUGGGAGUUUUUUUUUUUUUUCUUCCAAAUUUCAAUCAAACAAAUCGAUAUCAUGGUUUAGGUCCUUUUUUUCGCCCAUAAUUAAGGAGGCCAUCCAUUAAUUUCAUAUUUAUAUAUCUAUAUUUUUAAAUAUACAUAUAUAGUUAUUAAAUGGUGAGGAAUUAGCAGGCCUUACUAUCUAAUGCAUUUUUAUUGGCAGUCAAUGGGUGCCAGCAAUAAAAAUGAAAACCACCCUCCUGCAAAAUGACCAAAAUGGAGUUUGCGCACUACUUCUCAGUGGUUCAAACAUUAAAGAUAACAUAUUCAAUGUUUUCAUCAUACCAGCACUUUUUUGACUAGUAGUGCUCGUAGCAACAUGAAGCCUGGAAUGUUAUCUGUGGCUGAAUGAUCACACAUUAGUGUGCACGUGUGAUGGAUGCGAUCGGACUUCAGGUUGUUGGCUAUAACAAGUGUGACUUUUUUUUUUUCUUUUUUUUUGAAGUGUGCAUAAUAUCAGUGUUACCCUCAUUUGUUUUUAUCUGUUGGUUUUCCUCAAAUGACUGGAUAUGCACUGCCAAAUAAACACCACCUUUAAAGUA